CAGAAAAUCAGGUGAAUAACACCAUUUCGCCGUCAAUAAUAAGUUUUCCCAUAAAUAAAAUUAUUACAUCACAAAAUAAAUAAAAUUGGCGUUUUUGUUAUACAUAAAAUUAGUUAAAGCUCAAUAAUAUUUUUGAAAUGUGGCAAAAGUUAUUUCCAAUGUGCUCAAAUUAUCUGUAAAACGAGACAAUAAUGUUUUUAUAGCAGCAAUAAUAACACAAUCAAUAUUUACCUGUAAAAAUUCCAUUAAUGAAUAUGAGCGACUCUGAAGAUUAUGGAGGUGAUUCGGACGCCGAGGAAGACUUAUCAAUCAGAAACUAUGAAGUCACAAAAUCUCCCAGUAAAAAUGACCUCUUGCCCUUACUGGAAUGUCCGGUUUGCAUGGAACUACCCCUGCCCCCAAUCAGAACAUGCUGCCAGGGUCACAUCAUUUGUGCGGCAUGUACUCCUCGCCUUCGAGUCUGUCCCCUUUGUCAACAACAUAUCGGAACUGGACGAAAUUUUUUUGCGGAAGAUUUUCUGAAUAAAAGUAUAUUUCGCUGUAAAUAUUAUGAGGACGGGUGCUUUGUGGAACUUCCAGGAGUAAAGAUUAAUGAACACGUUAAAGACUGUCGAUUUAGACCUCUCAAAUGUCGUUACUGCAAUAAGAAAGUUGCAUUUAACGAUAUUGACCAUCACUUAUUAAAAGCGCAUCGCAUCGGCCGGUGGGAUUUGAACGACGAGGGGGCAAGGAUUUUAAUGUGUCACACGCUGAGGACGCGAAAUCCGAAUGCCGUUUUAAUCGACAAUGGAGAAAGUGACUUUCACGGAUAUAGAACCUAUCUAAUCCUUAUCCUCGCCUUGUUUGGAUUCCUUCUCGUCGACUUUGUACGAUUUGAUCCCUCCAACGACGACGACAUGGCUGGAUUCUUUGCCAGUUACUAUAAUUUUGUUCUCUGAUUCAUUCCAAUCUUAGUUCUUUCACUACAUAACGCCAAAUCUGACGGAUAUUUCCAAACAGUCGUAUUAAUUGAGCAACUAUGAAUGUACGAAUUACAAUACCAAAUAAAUAAUAUACGGGAUCAAAUAGGUAGCUAGCUAAAUACAUAGGUUAAGUUUGAAAAUAAUUUUGUUUAUCGCUCCCAUUAUUCAUUGUUUAUAAGAAUUUUGUUACGAAAUAAAUCUAGAAAAUUGUUCGAAUUUGG